AUGGGCGAAGAGACUGAAGUCGCAGACGCCGUGCCCCAGGUCGCAUUCAAGAAGCGCUCCAAAGGCAAAGCCAACUUUCGCAAGAAGCCCGCGACGCCACCUCCUGCUUCUGAUUCCGGUUCCGACUUUGAAUCAUCUGAUGACGGCGAAGGGCGACGGAUCAAAAGGCGGCGUAAAAAUGCAGCUGUUACUGCAUCAUCUACAAAUGCGACAAGGAACCGCACAGAACAAGAGCCUACAACUGCGGCUCCCGCCCCGUUGACCUCGAGCAACGAUGCGACGAAACAUUCCGACUGGUACGAUGAGAACUUGACUGCCAAGAAUCUAUUAGGCACAACCCGGGCGAGACCAGCAGCUUCUACGGCAGAGCCGGACGGAACCUAUAAGGGCGCGGCCAACUAUCAAUCUUUUAUUCAGAAGAACCCCGAUGCACCAGGGAAAUUCGGUCCCAUAAAGGCACCGACCAAUGUGCGGACUGUGACCGUGACAGAUUUUGCCCCCGAUGUCUGCAAGGAUUGGAAACAAACAGGCUACUGUGGUUUUGGAGAUUCUUGUAAAUUCCUGCAUUCGAGAGAGGCAUACAAGCAAGGAUGGGAAUUGGAUCGUGAUUGGGAAAUCAACACCAAGGGCAAGCAGUUGAGCGGGCGAGUGGUUUCACAACGAAAGGGCGCGGGCAAGACCGACGAAGAUGACGAAGACGACGAAGAUGAAUUGUUAGAAAGUAUCCCAUUCGCCUGCCUCAUUUGCCGGAAGCCUUAUCGAGAACCCAUCAUCACAAAGUGCGGUCACUACUUCUGUGAAUCCUGUGCCUUGCAGCGGUACCGGAAGAACCCGUCAUGCGCUGCAUGUGGUGAGGGAACUGGCGGUGUCUUCAACGUUGCAAAGAAACUGAAUGCCCUGUUGAACAAGAAACGCGAGCGUGCGCGCAAGGCACGAGAGGAAGCAAUAGCAAAUGGUGAGGAGGUCAGCGAUGAAGAGGAGGACGAUGAUAGUGACUAG